ACAAAAUGGCCGAAAGUAAACUCCCGCGUGUUGCUAUGGUGAUGUAAGCAGUCCCAGCAUGCAAAGAAACCACAGGAAACCCGUAAUAUGGUUGGGCUCCCUGUGGACAGAAGCGAGUCUUCGAUCAAUAAACAAGAUGGSGGAUUCGCUUGUCUUUCUUUGCCAUAAAAUAUCACCAAAAAUGUCUAAUAAUUUUUGAACAAAUUGUCAAAAAUGUGAACUAUCAAGAAAACACAGUUACGACCUGACAGAGCGCAAGUAGCGAGCCAAAAAGAGGCUAUAAAAGAAAGAUUUUGAUUUUCUUGUUGAGCGAAAGAUGUCAACUUUAUCAGAGCAUAGUGACCCAGAUGAAGAAGGUGUUCUGGAUACAGCAGAUGAUUCAAGCAUUCACUCACACAGCAGUAAGCCCUGCUACACAGUGCCUGCUAUCAUCAGUAUACCAUCAGUCCCUACCCACCCCUCCCAUGGUGGACAAGCAGGAAUCAAAGGUCCAAAGCAUGGGUCAUCGUCAGAGGAAUUUGAUUCUGAAAAUGAAGAUCAACACAUUGAACACUUAGGUACCAAAAGGCAGAGCAGAAUCUAAAAAAAGCAGAAUUAGUGUCCAAUGAAAGGCAAGAUCUUCCAAGAGGGUUUCAGCACCUUGAAAGGAGCAUCAAAAUUUUGACAUCUUUGGGCAAAGCUGCCAUUAAACUUGGGAAAGCCGGCUAUGCAUUGGAUUGUCUGGAAAAGGCCCUUGAGUCAGCGCAGCAAGAGUACGGUGAUAGAAGCACACGACUGAUACCUAUCUAUCAGAAUCUUGGCCAUGCCGAGCAAAAACAAGGAUCUSGAGAAGCAAGUAACAAAAGAGCACUAGAGAUGUACCUACAUGCUCAUAGGAUCGCCAAGGAAGCCUACAAAGAAGACUGUGUUGAGCUAGCAGAYUCAGCGGUUGCUGUAUCGUCGGCAUACUCGUUACUUGAAGAAGACGAAGACAAGGCAAAGAAUUAUCUACAGACUGCCAUUGACAUGUACUCUAGUUGUGAAGGACCUUACUCUACUAAGACUAUCAAGGCACAG